GGUGCCUUGUUUAUGUUAAUCCAAUAUUUAUAUAUACAGGCGAAAUAUUGCAGAAUUAGCAAUAAAUUCGGCCAAUUUAUCGGUAUUCGGUUUUAGAAGCGUGAGACCCGCGAGCUGAAAAAGUGGAAAAAAAUGAGUGUGCAGCAUAAGUGAUCGCUGGAAGUUAAAGGGUCAAACCGGUUUUCGGACAACAUGGAGUUGCCACCAGCAGCAGCGGCAGCUCAACAGAAUGCGUCGGCAUCCUUGCAACGUGUCUCAUCGGAAUCCAGUCUUGGUCGCGAUCGCGAUCGGCAGGGGGAGCAGGAAGCUGGAGGAGCAGCAGCUGCUCCGCCUGGCCAACUGAUGGGCCAUCACUAUCAUUACAUCCAGUAUCCGGCGCACUUUCAGCCGCUGCAACUUGAGGAGCAGCAGCCUCAACAGCUGCAACAACAACAACUGCCCUGCCAGUGUCCCUGCUCCUGCGGCAGGGCACCUGCUCCUCCUCCUCCUCCUGCUCCAACCAAACCCGGCCAGAAUGCCUCGAUGGCCGUGGCUGUGCUGGUCCACCAACAGACGCCCAGUCAACAGGAGCCACUCAAGGCCCAGUCCGCCCAAUCCCUGCUCAAUCACUCCUACCAGGCGCUCCACGAGGAGCACCAGAAUCAUCAUCACCAGGAGCAGCUCCAACUGGACUCCUCCGCCGGAGCCGGAAGCUGUGAUUGCGAUCUGGAGUGCUCCUGUCCAGCCACCGGAGGCAACUCCUCGUUGGCCCAGCACAAGAGGAGUCUACUGGCGGAUGCCAUGCUGGGGGCAGAUGAGAUCACGGUCAGUGAAUCGGACAACAAUAGCACCAUGAUCAAGAAGAAGAAGUCAAGAUCUGGCGGAGGAGCUGCAGCACUUCCGCCGAAGACACAACCCACGGGGGAUAGUUGCAAUGACAUCUACCACGACACGGAGCUGGAUGGAGCAGGAGGAGUGGUGGCUACUUCCCCGGGUUCGGGAAUCAAGUCACAGAUUCUGGAUGAUAAUCGGCCACCUCUGCCGCCACGCCCACCGCCCAGGCCCAGGAGUAAUGCGAAUGGUUCCAUAGCCCAUCGCCAUGGAGCUGGGAUCAAGAAGUACGUUGUGUGGUGCCUCAUCUGCGGCGGCUUCAGUUGCCUGCUGGGCGUGCUCUUCCUGGGCGUCUACUUCCUGCUCCAUUCCUACACCAUCACGGUGGGCAACUUCGAAACGGUUCCCACCUUUGUGCCCGCCACCCUGCUCAUCCUCACGGGCAUCUGCAUCAUGAGUCUGGCCAGGCGGAGGAAUCGAUAUAGUUAUUUGAUCAAACUAUCUGGAGCCUGUGGCCUGGUCUCCGCUCUAACCUGCGCCUUGGUCACCGUGACCACCACUGUGCUCCACAUGAGUCGUCUGCAGGCUCUGAGGGAAUGCGAGUAUGCCCAGAAGACGAGGACUUGCACCUGCUACUCGGAUCUCAUUGAAUCCCAGGUGGAUCGUGUGGAUAAGGAAGGAGUGCGCCUGGUGUUCGAUUCCCUCUCGGAUUGUGGGGUGGUUCAUGGCUCCCUGUACUCCUGUUUGAGGGCCAUCUUUGGCCUUUCCGUAGCCGGAGUUCUGAUCGCCGUCUUCAGCUGCAUGUUGGUGUACCAACUGUUGAGUCACGAGCGGAAAAAGAUGUACUGGGAGCAGCUGGAGCUGCGCUGCCGUUCCCUUUACGCCAGUCAGGCUCCUCCGCCCAGUUUGGGUCCUGGCAGGAUGUUGAACUGCCGGUGCUGUGAGCAGUGCCACGCCCACAGGCAGUUGACGCUGCCCCUGCAGGCCACCGCAUAUCCCUGGGAUGAGGCGACGGUGGCCGCCGCAGCAGCAGCCGCCGGCGGAGGAGGAGGUGGAGGAGAGCAGCGCUUCUGGGCAGCUCAGCCGCCGGGUAACUUUUACUCACCGAAUCCCGGAGGCGAGGAUGCGGUGGGCAGCUGCCGGAGUGGAGAAAGGAACGGCGGAGGAGGCGGAGGAGCUGGUAGGAGUAGCAGCGGUUGGAGCUGGCCAAGGAUGCCCUGGCAAAGAACCACACCGGAUGCAGGUCGUCGCUUCCGUCAGGCUGCCGCCAGUCCGGAUUCCCAGUACGGCUUCAGUUCAUCCACUGCGGUCCAGGGAGAUGGCAAUCAGAUGCUCAUCGAGGAGCCCGUGGUGGCCGCCGCUUAUGGAGCGAUGCCGCCGCCGAAUGCUCUACCCUAUGGCGUUUGGGGUCCUCCGCCGCCGUACAGCGAUCCCAAUAGUCCUGCGAGGCGGGGUUACUAUCAGUAUCUCCAGCCCACUGCUUGCCUAGUGGGAAAUGCGGGUGGGACUGUGGCUGUGACCCUCACCCAAGAGCAGCUUCAUCCGACUUUACAGCACUCGCAUCCGCAGCAGCAGCAGCAAUUGCAACAGUUGCAGCUGCAACGCCUCCAAGUCCAGUCCGCCACUCUGGAGAGGAUGGAUGGGCUGAGCAGUGCCGGGAAUGUGAGCACCCUGGUGGCCGCCACUCGCUCCUCCGCCUACAAGUCCAAGGCGGAGUAUGAGAACACACCCUCUGAUAGCGAUGGUGGUAAUCCUCGGGAGCGGGAACGCUGCUCCAAUACGCUGCCCACGAGGAAGCUGAAGAAGCGACUGGAGGCGGGCACGGGAGCCAAGAGCAUUGGACCACAGAGCAAUCCUGGCCAGCAGCGACCGAAUGUCCAGCAGUUGUUCGCCAAGCAGGAGCAGGCAGUGCAGGCUAAUCCCCAGGAGGCGCAGCCCCAGACGGCGGGGGUGGAGAACAGUGGCUACCAGGACUCCAAUGGAGCCAUUGCCAAGGAUCAGGCGGUGGGCACAGAUCCCGCGGAAUCGGAGGUCUACUUUGCGGACGUGAGCAGCUGCUGCAACAUGUCGGUGAAGAACGACAGCUACUACGACAAUGCGCAGCGACAUCAGGGUCACCAUCAGGUGCAUCAGGGUCACCAGGGAGGUCACCAUCACCAGCACAGCAACUGCAGCCACAGCAGCAACGAGGAUUAUCUCGCACAGAGAUUUGGACGCGGAAGGGAGCACUCCGUGAGGAGCCGACUGCCCAUUCCGCAGACGAGAAGGGAAGAUGACUACGAGAGCUCCAACCUGAACAUGCCCACGCUGAAGGAGCAACAGCAGCAGGCGCAGCAGCUGCAGAAGGAGAUCUCGCGGCAGAGCAUGUGCUCCGUGGAGUCGGAGGCCAAGACGGAGUUCACCGAUCUGUCGCCAUCGACGCCUUGUGGUGGGAAUCUUCCCCUGCCGCCGCCGGCCAACUUUGCCAGUGAUCCUCCUCCGCCGGCGGCGGGUCAGCAGUCCAGCAGUCCCAGCUUCGUGGCCUCGUUUCCCUACUCCUCGGAGUCGCAGUGCCUGGAGGCGCAUCGUCGCUCCACCAAGAACAUCCACGAGUUGCUGAUUGCCGGGGGAUCAAACGUUGGUGGGGAUUCCCAUUACGAGGUAAUCAACGAUAGGGGUGGCAAUCCCUAUCAGCGAACCCAGCAGGCCAAGCACAAGGCCAAGUCGAAGACGCGAUCGCGGGAACAGCUGGACAUCUAUGGCAGUGGAGCCGAGCGAUCCGACUGGUCAUCGGAUGGAGGUCGCUUGUGAGGCACCGACGAACAGGAGGUAUUUGUCUAGCAGCGGUUUCACCUUCAUUAUAUUCUCUAUAGAGAAGGAUUCGGAUAUCAGUGAUGGAAGUCCUUCAGAUUUCUCGUUUAUCAUACGAUAUAAGUAUCAUCACUGCCUGUAGAACCAAUCACCUUUGGUUUUCGAAUCGUCGCAUCUGUAAUGUUUGCCAUCCAACAAAAAAAACGAAACUCUAUUCUAUUAAAUAUCCUCUCUAUCUCCCAACUAUCAAUGGCCCCCAAGGGGGCGCCAAAAAGAAGACCUUGCUUUAACUACUUUACGCGAUAUCCUUUGCAUAGUUUACUUAGAACAUAUAUUAUUACUUAACACAUAUGGUAGCAUUGAAUUGAAUGUUGACAACUUGUAGCAAUGAUAAUCUAUAUGGAUAUUAUUAUUAUAUAUACAAAUUAUGUUAUAUUUACCUGCGUAUUUACAUAGUUGCGUAUACACACACCGACAUAUACACACAUACAACAAAUAUAUGACUAGUUAGUUAAAUGUUAGAGCGCCAGUUAAAAUUUAUUAAACGAG